ACCGUGAUCCUGUGUCUGGCCUUCCUGGGGAUGGGAAUGAGUAUUGCUAUACUGGGACCCACAUUUCAAGAUCUGGCCACUAAUGUGAACCGCAAUAUCAGCAGCCUUUCGCUAAUAUUUGUUGGCCGGGCCUCUGGAUUUUUGUGUGGCUCCAUGAUUGGAGGAAUUCUUUUUGACUUUGUGAACCAUGUUUUAAUUUUGGGGGUGUCAAUGCUGGCUACCACUGUUGGUCUUUAUCUUAUCCCUUUUUGUAAGAACGCAGCAUUGCUGAUUGUCGUGAUGGCUCUCUUUGGGGCUGCGGUUGGCACUAUUGAUACAGGUGCGAAUGUCGUCAUCUUGGCUCUUUGGGGUGACAAGAGCCCCCCCCACAUGCAGGCCUUACACUUCAGUUUUGCCCUGGGUGCCUUCCUGGCUCCCCUGCUGGCUAAACUGGCACUGGACCCCACAGUGUCUGCUGACAACCACACAGAGCCCGACUUUCUCCCUGCAGCCCUCAAUGCCUCUUCUGAAGCUGCCUCAGUCCCUCUACUCGCAGCUCCCCAUGACAUGAACUUACUGUGGGCUUAUGCUUCCAUAGGCACUUACAUUCUCGUAGUUUCUCUCCUUUUCUUUGCUCUGUUCUGCAUGAAAAGCUCAAGGCAGGGAAAAUCAACGGCCUCUGCUCAGCAAUCUCGAAGAGCUCAAUACCACAAGGCCCUUCUCUGUCUGCUUUUUCUGUUCUUCUUCUUCUAUGUAGGGGCUGAGGUGACAUAUGGCUCUUACAUUUUCUCCUUUGCCACCACCCAUGUUGGCAUGGAUGAGAGAGAAGCAGCUGGCUUGAACUCCAUCUUCUGGGGGACCUUCGCAGCCUGCAGGGGCCUGGCAAUCUUCUUUGCCGCGUGUUUACGUCCUGCCACCAUGAUUGUGUUGAGCAACAUUGGCAGCCUGGUCUCCUGUUUGUUUCUGGUGCUUUUUGACAGGAGCCCCCUUUGUCUCUGGAUAGCAACCUCCGUGUAUGGGGCCUCGAUGGCCACCACAUUUCCCAGUGGUGUUUCUUGGAUUGAACAGUACACCACCAUCAGUGGCAAAUCUGCUGCAUUUUUUGUGAUUGGUGCUUCUUUGGGAGACAUGGCUAUUCCUGCAGUAAUUGGAAUUUUUCAGGGGCAAUACCCAGAUUUACCAGUACUCCUGUACACGUGUUUGGGGUCAGCAAUCUUCACGGCUAUUUUGUUUCCUGUAAUGUAUAAAUUAGCCACCAUUCCGCUGGGUCACCAGCGAAAAGGACACAGAAAGAGUGAGGGGAAGAAAGCUCAAAUCUUGAGUUCUAGGCUGUGAAGAAGAGAAUGGAGGAGAAUGAUGCAAAAAAUGUUUUGAAGUGGUUGAGAUGAAUAAUUCAACGGGAUGCUUUGUAAUGAAAACCUUUAAUAAAAAAUCUGUUGGAUCCCAUAGCCAGACUUUCCAACUAAUUGCUGUCCAAUGCAUUGCUAUUUAAAUACUGCUCAGUUAAUAUCUGUGAAUCCCUAAAGAAGCCCCUUGCCAAUAGCCAGGACAAAAGGAACUGAUGUGUAGAGCGGGCAGAAUGCUUAGUGAAUUCCUUGACUAAUUGCCACUCCUGAACAAAUCAAUGAGAAUUUAGAAGAUUUUCAGCAUGCUUUCACAUUUCAAUUCUAGAUCCAUUUACAUUAAAUGAUAAAAAGUU